GAUCCAUUUGUCACGCUACAAGAUUUUCAAUGUCAUCAUGGUAGCAAUGCUCUGACUGGUGCAUCUCUUCACUCAGUAGCUUCACGCCGCCGUUCCGCAAUUAAUUACCACAGCCAUGAGGGCACUAGUUUCUUCUGCAUGCAGUUAUUCCGACAACCCAGUUCCCGAUUAGUCUAGUGCAGCUAGCUAACGGUAUCGGAAGAAUUGCUCCGGAAAAUAUAUCUUCCCGAUCCCAGCACACGAUGGUCGUCAAUUCAGUCCACAGUUUCUCGUCAACUCCGUCGGAUGUGGUCAAAUUCGAAAGUUCUGAAAAUCCAUCUGCUUCCAUCGAUCGACACUUCUCUUCCUAUCGUCCGCAUCCCUUUGUUUACACCAUGUAUUCACCAAGUUACAAUCCAUACUACGGACCAUCGCAUCCUGGAGGACCAGUAUCGGCUCCGGGUCCUCCGUAUCCUGUGUACUCCGCAGCUGAUAGUUCCCAAGGCCACAGCACCAAAUAUGGACCACCACCACCAAGUGCUUCCGGAUAUGGUGGCGGUGGCAGCGGCCAUGGAGGUAGUUCCUAUGGACCACCUGGACCUCCUUCCGGUGGCUAUGAGUAUCAUCCCCCACCGCACCCACCGGUGUCCCAUCCAAUUCCGAUCCAUAUCUCCAAACCGAAACCGAAGAAAGGCAAGGGAGCCGCCUUGUCCGCGCUGACACUUUUGGCGUUCCUGUACUUUCUGAACAUGUUGCAAAGCUGCCUGAAGGAACACAUGGACACAAUGAAUCCAACCGUCAUGGUAAUGACUGCGGGAGCAACUCGCCGAAAGGACGUCGAAGAAGUGCUGGUGAAUGAAAAAGACGAAAUGGUUAGGGAAUACGAUGCCAACAGUCCGGGAUACGCUGCCAUCGACGGAAAAUAUCAUCUGCUGACAACGAGUGGUAAUCGUAGCCAAGAGUUUGGCAAUGGUGGCAAGCACGUUUACAGAAUACGUAAAACUGGAAACUCCGGGCAUAGGCACCGCGAUGGGGAGAGUGAAGUUGUUUAUUAUGACUAUUAUUGAUGUACGAUGAUUUUCAACUUAUAAGUAUAGCCAGACAAAGAAAUAAAUAUUACAAAUAAAGUACCG